AUGGGCGCAUUAGAGGCAGAUACUUACUACUCAGGCCUUUGUUCCCGCCCCACGCUUCUCUAUCGCUCGGGGACAUCGCCCUGGGUACGAUCCUCCUUGGACUGGGGUCGAGACUCCAGGAGACUUCGCCCCGUUUUCGGACACAGGAUGAACGUCGUCUGGAAGGACCUGGGUGGCAAAAUAUGUCAGACCUUGGAUUCCAAGAAGGUUCUUUGGUCGUCUGUCGACGUCGUUCGUUUCACGGAAGCUGAACGCCGCCGGUCCGUGGGCCCUGUCAUUCUAUGGAUCGGUGUCCUCCCCAACACCCUCUCCAAGGAUGAUGCAUGCGUUUGUGCGGACGCCUGUCUGCACCUUCUCAAACAAUUCGACCUCAAGGAUGUCGAGGUCGAGUUCCGGUACUCCACGUAUACCCGUUUUGUCCUCCCGACCCUCCACAAACCCGCCACUGACGGAGGGAGCACCGACGAUUUUCAUGCGCAGCUCACUCCGCUUAUCGGGAACUCCAUCGCCGCUGAAGACGCCAGCCAUGGCCAAGGUUCCGUGGGACUGUAUCUUGCUGAAGGCGGCGACAGCGACUCCAUCCUACUCCUCACAGCCCGUCAUGUCCUUUUCCCGCCGGACACAGGACUCAACGUCGCCUACGACUCCCGUCAUCUGGAUCCGGGUGUAGAUCGUCGUAAAGUAGUUCUCCUUGGCGAUAAAGCUCAUGCCGACCUCCUCGUAUCGAUCAAAAAGAAGAUCGGCCGGCUCGCCUGUGAGGCGGAGAUGUAUCAAGGAAGGAUCAACGAAUGGCAGCAGAGCCUCCAGCAGGGUGAUACCACUGUGUGCUCCCAGGAAGAUCUGGAACGCGAGACAUCACUCGUGGCGGGGAAGAACGAGGCCAUCGAGGCACACGUGCCACUUUACACAGAAGUCCGAAAGGAGUGGAGGUCACCUCGACGCCGUGCCUUCGGCCAUAUCAUCUGCUCUCCACCCAUCACUACUGGUACAGGCACGCAGAGCUUCACCGAAGACUACGCCAUUGCCGCGGUUGAUAAGGCCAGGAUGGAAAAGGGUGCAUUCCACGGAAAUGUGAUCGACCUCGGGAUGAACAUUAAGCCCGUUGAUUUCAUGAGAAGGAUGGAAGGUUGCACCAAAGACGGUCUCGAUUUCACGUAUCCAUCCCUCAAUCGGCUCUUUCCCCUUGAGGGUAUACUCCCGGAGGAAAUCAUGCGCGAGCCAGACUUGCUCGACCUUCAUGAUCUCCCUUGUCUCUCGGUCCUCAAGCGCGGUAGCGCAACAGGGGUAACCACCGGCCGCGCGAACGGUGUCUUCUCCUACGUCCGGGAGUAUUUCGACAACGGCACCCACCGGACGUCGAUGGAGUGGGCGAUCCUCCCGCAUGAUGCGGAUCGAGGACCUUUUGCCGCACCUGGCGACUCGGGUGCUGCCGUGGCCGACGCACUCGGACGCAUUGGCGGCCUCAUCACCGGAGGUACAGGGAGCGGGGACGGGAAGGUAUCGGAUGUCACGUACGCGACGCCGUUCUUCUGGCUGCUCCCUCGCGUCAAGGAAAAUGGGUUCCCAAAUGCCCACCUUGAUUUGGUUGCGUUUUAG